CAAAUAUUAGCAUCAGUGUAUAGAGCUAUUGUGUUCAAACUAUUAAGCCAUGAUCACACUAAGAAUUAUACAGAGUGGAAACGUAUGCAUUUAUGAAUAGCACUGAUCAAUGCUUAUGCGUUAAACCUGUGUGAGAUACUGAUGACUGCAUCACGUAUUCGCCACUCUUAUGAACAUAUUUCACGAAAAUGAUACCUCUGCGUUACGGCACGAACAGCACACACACAUGGUUACUAAAUAUAGUUUCUCCGUUCCUAUUUCAGCAUCAAACACAAUGCAGGUUUUGAUACUUUUCGCCGUUAUUCAGAUGGCCCUGACGGCUAAAGUUCUGAUGACGUUUUCUCCAAUGACAAGUCACUGUCUGGAAAUGGCUGCCAUUGGCAACGAACUGGUCAAGAGGGGUCACAGCGUGUCAGCGUAUGUUCCAAACUUCUUCGACACAAGACACUGCUUUCAGAAUUCUAAGAUUCAACUUGUAACCUAUGAUGUGAGCGAAACCAACAAAGGUGUUUAUCAAGCGGCAAUUGGUGCCAUAGAGAGAAACGUAGUCACGAGAGAAAAGAGUAUUUUUCAGGCUCUCAUGCAAGCAGUCGUUGCCAUCAACAGUAUUUGUGACAGCCAGCUCUCAAACCGAGAUCAACUAGAUCAGUUGAAAGAGGCCGGAUAUGACGUAGCCAUGACGGAGGGUCUCCCAAUCGCCUACUGCUAUUAUCUUGUCCCGUACUACAUGGAUGUUCCUACUGUAUCUGUUGGUAGCGCUUUUGUCGGUUUUGACAGCGGAGAGGUGUUUCAGCCCUACACCUACCCUCAUCCAAUUGGCCCGUACACUAACGAAAUGACAGCUUUACAGAGAAUUCUCAACAGCCUGCACUACCUUAUUUUGACUUUGAUGACACCAAUACUUAAAAGCCCGUUAGAUCUCACCAAAUAUGGCGAUCCGUUCACGAACGUUGUCCCGGAGACGUUGUUCCGAGAAUCGAUGCUGUAUCUCGAGAAUUCUGACUACAUUGCCGAUUAUCCUAAAGCUACCUUCCCCAACUUCGUCCAGGUAGGGGGGUUGACAGUCCGCCCCCCAUCACUUCUACCUAAUGACCUGAAGACAUACUUCGACAACUCGAAGACUGGAGUCAUUUUGGUUUCGUUUGGAAGUAUGCUGAAAUUGGAGUCCGCAGAGUUCAUCCAGCGAUUAGUGUCUGCUUUGAACCAACUUCCAUACGACAUCAUCUUAAAAUCAAACAGAAACUCGCAAGCGGACAAUAUCAGGAUUGUAAAAUGGCUGCCACAAAAUGACGUUCUCGCCCAUCCAAAGAUUCGACUGUUUGUGUCUCACUGUGGUAAAAAUGGAUUUUUCGAAUCCUUAUACCAUUCGGUUCCUAUCAUAUGUACACCUUUGAACGCAGACGCCUUCCAAACAGCCAUUAAAGUCAACCACCACAGAAUCGGGACAACUAUGGACAUUCUAACUGCCACAUCAGAGGAAAUGGUUCAAACCUUAAAAUCCGUGUUGAACGACUCGUCCAUUUCUUCCAAUAUGCGGCGGAUGUCUCAGCUCUUCAGGGACAGACCGGAAACAGGGGCGGAGAGAGGGGCGAGCGCCAUAGAACAUGUGAUGAAAUAUGGAGGCAGACAUCUCAAGCCGCCCACCAACAGACUGAACUAUUUUCAGUACACACUGGGUGAACUCUGGUUUGUGAUUUUCAGUUUCAUCUUGCUGGUAAUCUAUGGAGUGUUGGCGUUGUUUAGAUGCAUCUGCUGUAGAAAGUCUUCUGUGUCCGUUUCAUUUUCAAAAAAAUCCAACUGAAUCUCAGUAACAGAACUAUUAGUAUUUUGAAAAUUUUAUAUCUGCACAAGGUAGAUUCAAGUAAAAAGGAUGUUCUGCAUAUAUCACCACUGGCCCCGUGAGUCAAUAUCUAGUUUUUGGAAUCCUAUUGCUUUAAAAUUGACCUUGGAUGAUUAAAGUGCUCAAGAUAAUUAUUCAGACUGGAAUUAUCAGCAACAAUGUUUAGUUUUAGUUUGUUACUUUGCGUAGAGUAACACAUAUUAUGUAUGGUAUAUCUAUAUUGCUUUGUGUGAUCAUAGCGAAUAGGAUCAACGCAUCCACUGAUAUACCAGUACAAGAAAGGGUCUACGGGCGACGGUGUUUAUAUACGUGGCUAGAUCUAUUACACGCCACAUAGCAGUCAGACUAUGGGCCAUAAACAUGCGUGUGAACCACGAGCUUGUGGCUGUAGCAUCUCUCACAAACUAUUACCUAAGAAAGUGGAUUUUUAAUUAAUUAUUUAUUUACGAUAUAGAAAGUUGUUGUUUUACCUUUCGCAAGGUUUGCACAAAUUUGCAGUGCUUAAUUUCAAAUGUGCGUCAUAAUAUUAUAUAUAAUUUGUAAUUAUUUAUUAAUUUAUUUCUCUAUUUAAUAUAAUAUUUACAGCAUUAAGUUUAAAUAAAGGGCCAAAUCCAAUAUGGCUGUCACUGUAUGAAGAGGAAUAUGAACA